GAGAGAGAGAGAGUGAUGAUGCAUUUCAAUUCUUCUAGUACAAUAACUAAUAACUUAUCAUAAGGUUAUGUAAUAUAGUUGAAUACUCUAUUCCUUUUGUUGAGUGAUCAAUCAUACACAACACAGCACCCUCUUUUCUUAUUAACUACUUUCCAUUCUCUUCUUUCUCUCUAUUCUCCGUUUUUUUUUUCUCUCUUAUCCCUUUUUUAUUUUCCUCUUUCUUUUUUUCCCAAAUACUAUGAUUGCAUCUCGCCGGUAAAUCCUUCCUCCGCCGUCGAUUCACGAUCUCCGGUGUCCUGGAAUCGCCGUCCUCUGCCCUCCAAAUCCCGCCAUGGGAAGCCUCAACAACAAUAGCGUCGACACCGUCAACGCUGCCGCCACCGCCAUCGUCACCGCCGAGUCCAGAGUCCAACCAGCCACCGUGCCGAAAAAACGCUGGGGAAGGUUCUGGAGCCUGUAUUGGUGUUUUGGAUCUCAUAAAAGCAGCAAGCGAAUUGGCCAUGCUGUCCUUGUUCCUGAUCCUGUUCAACCAAUGGGUCAAGCUGCUACUGCCGCACCAAAUCCUUCAAAUGCCAUUGUAAUGCCUUUCAUUGUCCCCCCCUCUUCUCCUGCAUCUUUUCUCCAGUCUGAUCCUCCAUCUGCUACUCAUUCACCAGCUGGAUUACUUUCACUUACUUCUCUAUCUGUCAAUGCUUACUCUUCUGGUGGACCAGCAUCCAUUUUUACCAUAGGUCCAUAUGCUUAUGAGACCCAGUUAGUUUCUCCACCUGUAUUUUCCAACUUCACAACUGAGCCAUCAACUGCUCCUUUUACUCCCCCACCUGAAUCUGUGCAGAUGACAACACCAUCAUCUCCUGAGGUUCCAUUUGCUCAAUUGUUGGCAUCAUCGCUGGACCGGGCUCGUAAAAAUAAUGGGACACAUAAGUUUGCAUUAUAUAAUUAUGAAUUUCAGCCUUAUCAACAAUAUCCUGGAAGCCCAGGUGCCCAACUCAUAUCACCUGGAUCAGCCAUUUCAACUUCUGGCACCUCUACCCCUUUCCCUGAUAGGCGCCCAACUCUAGAAUUCCGCAAAGGAGAAGCGCCAAAGAUCUUGGGUUUUGAACACUUCUCCACUCGAAAAUGGAGUUCAAGGCUGGGAUCUGGAUCCUUGACACCAGAUGGUGCAGGGCAAGGUUCAAGACUAGGUUCAGGAUCUUUGACACCUGAUGGUGUUGGGCUAGCUUCACGAUUAGGUUCUGGGUGUGUGACACCUGAUGGUCUGGGGCAGGAUUCCAGGUUGGGUUCUGGCUCUGUGACGCCUGAUGGUGCUGGACCAACCAUACAAGAAAGCAUCUAUGUUCGAGACCAUAUUUCUGAGGAAGUAUCUCUUGCAAACUCACAGAAUGGAUGUCAAAGUAAUGCAAUGGUGGUCGAUCACAGAGUUUCUUUUGAAUUAACUGGGGAAGAUGUUGCACGAUGUCUUGCAAAUAAAACAGGAGCAUUGCUUCGAAACAUGUCAAGGUCUUCGCAGGGUAUACUUGCCAAAGACCCUGUUGACAUUGAAAGGAUACAAAAAGACACCAAUAGUUGUUGUGAUGUGUGUUCAGGGAAAACAAAUGAUAAGCCUAACAAUCCUCUUGGAGAAGGAGAGCAGUGCUGUCAGAAGCAUCACUCUGGUAAUUCUUCCAAAGAAUUCAAUUUUGACAACAGAAAAGGUGAUGUUUCUGGUACUGCUGCCAAUGGCUCUGAAGGUAGAUCAGCGAACAGUUGGGCUUUCUUCCCAAUGUUGCAACCAGAAAUCAGAUGAUGAUUUAGAUUAUUGCAACAUGACUUAAGCUGUAUGGUUUGGGGCAAAAGGAUUUUCAAUUUCUUUGCAGAGCAGAACCUUUAGCAUACUGAAUGCAUAUAUUGUUUUGAAUGCAGUUCAUCAUGCCUUUGAAGAAACGGUGGUAAAUGGAUGAUUGAGUGAGACUCAGAUGAAAAAACAGUUGUUAUAGUCUGUUAGGACUCAAGGUAGAAUGCAAUGGGAGCAUAGUUGAUAGAUAGGGACCACUAUAGUGGGUUCUAAAUUCUUGUAGAACAUUACUUCUGGCAUUUCUCGUUUCAAGUAUACAGAAAUAGCAACGUACAGGUAUUUCGUGUUGAGGAUUAUUGUAUCAUUUCCUGUGCAAUAAUGAAAACAAGUAUCUUUUUAUGGGCAAUUGGAUUAAAA